GUGCAAAGUUGUUAAAAAAUGUUUAAAUUUAUUUUAAUUAAAUUAGUGGUUUCAAUUUUACUAUUUACAUCUUUAAAUGUUGUUUGUGGCGAUCAUGUUUUCUUGAGAGCUUUUAGAAAUUUGCAUCGUGAUCCCGGUCCACGAGGUUCUACUCGUGCUCAUGUGGAAACCAAAUGGAUAGAACAAAAAUUGGAUCAUUUUAAUGAGAAUGAUAAUAGAACGUGGCAAAUGCGUUAUAUGGCCAAUGAUGAAUUCUAUCAAGAAGGUGGCCCCUUAUUUAUACACGUUGGUGGAGAAUGGACUAUAUCACCGGGUUCCAUUAGUAGUGGUCAUAUGUAUGAUAUGGCUAAAGAAAAUAAUGCCUAUUUAUUCUAUACAGAACAUCGUUAUUAUGGUAAAAGUAGACCCGUAAGUGAUCUAUCUAAUGAGAACAUGAAAUAUUUGCAUGUUCGUCAGGCUUUGGCCGAUUUGGCUCAUUUUAUACGGACCAUGAAAACCACCAUACCGGGCAUGGAAAAUUCUAAAGUCAUAUUAAGUGGUGGCUCAUAUUCGGCUACCAUGGUGACAUGGUUUAAGAAAUUAUAUCCUGAUUUGGCUACAGGAUGUUGGGCCUCAUCGGCACCUCUGUUUGCCAAGGUAGAUUUUGUGGAAUAUAAAGAAGUUACUGGUGAGUCCAUACGUUUAGUGGGCGGUGAUUCCUGUUACAAUCGUAUAUUAAAUGCUAUACAACAACUGGAGAAAAUGUUAACCGAAAAUAGAUCGGCCGAUUUGAGGAGUUCUUUAAAUAUCUGCGACAGCUUUGAUGAUAGCAAUGAAUUAGAUGUUUGGGUAUUAUUUUCCACUAUUUCGGAUAUAUUUGCGGGUAUAGUGCAAAAUCAUCAUGGCAAUACCAUACAAAAUGCCUGCAAUAAAAUCAUGGAAGGCGAAGAUGACUUAAAAGGUUUUACCAAUUUUAUGUUGCGUUAUUUUGAUAAUAAAAAUUGUACCGAUAUUACCUAUAAAACCUCGGUGGAAGAUAUUAAAUAUACCAAGUUUGGCAAUGGCAUGAUACGUCAAUGGUUUUAUCAAACCUGCAAUGAAUAUGGUUGGUAUCAGACCUCUGCCUCUAUGCAACAACCGUUUGGUACCAAAUUCCCUGCUAAAUUAUAUACAACUCUGUGUCAAGAUGCUUAUGGCGAAGAAUUUACGGAGGAAUAUAUAGAAAAUCAAGUUAAAAAAACGAAUGAAUUUUUUGGAGGUCUACAACUUGAAGUUGAAAAUGUCUAUAUGACUCAUGGUCAAUUGGAUCCUUGGCGGGCAAUGGGUAUUCAAGAAGAGGGCAAAGCUACCAUUAUACCUAUGCGUGCUCAUUGCAAAGAUUUUGGUUCCAUUACGGACAAGGAUAAUGAAGAGCUGAAAGCUUCGAAAAUAAAACUUAAGGAAUUAGUUAAAGAGUGGCUAAAGGAAUAAAGAAAUUAAAAAGGAAAUUAAUUUUUUAAAAUUUUCAUAAAAUAAAACAAAUAUUAA